UUUAAGGACGGAGCGUGAGCGAUCGGGCGGGCAUUAGUCAGUCAAUGCGGAUGACAAAUCUGUCGCGAUCUGUCCACGGUGCUCCGGAUUAUCGUUAUCGCAACGCAUCGGACGCGGCUCUUCCUGCCAGGCGUAGCAAUCAUGAUCCUGCUAGAGAUACACAACAGGAUACUCGAGGAAACGUUGACGAACAAAAUCAAGCACGUCUUGUCGGGACACAAGCCAGAGUCGACGGAUGUUGUCAUAGCGGACUUUGACGGAGUCUUGUUUCACAUUUCAAACCUCAGCGGAGACAAAUCGAAGCUUAGAAUAAGUAUUCUGCUCAAAUUUUAUAAACAGUUGCAAGAGUAUGGCGCGGAUGAGUUGCUCAAACGAGAGUAUGGAUCCCAUCUCAUUGCGCCAGAGAGCGGUUACAAUGUAUCGGUGUUCAUAGAUUUAGAAAAGUUACCAGAAGAUUGGGAGGCACUAGUGAGGAAAGUUGCCCUGUUGAAGAGACAUUGCUUUGCCAGUGUCUUUGAGAAGUACUUUGAUUUUCAGGAGGAAUAUUGCGAUUCUCCGGGUAGGCCACUACAGAAGAGGGCUGUCAUCCACUAUCGAGAUGAGGAAACAAUGUAUGUAGAAGCCAAAAGCGAUAGAGUGACAGUGGUAUUUAGCACAAUAUUUAAGGAUGAGGAUGACAUGGUCAUUGGCAAACUGUUUCUUCAAGAAUUGAAAGAGGGCAGACGGGCAAGUCAUACCGCUCCACAAGUUUUAUUCAAUCAUCGCGAGCCGCCGUUGGAAUUACAAGAUUCUGAAGCAGCAGUUGGGGAUUGCAUUGGCUAUAUCACGUUUGUGCUAUUUCCACGUCACACUAAUCGAGAAGCACGCGACAAUACCAUUGAUCUGAUACAUAUGUUUAGGAAUUACUUGCACUAUCAUAUUAAGUGCAGUAAGGUUUAUAUUCAUUCAAGAAUGCGUACUAAGACGACGGAUUUCCUUAAGGUGCUGAACAGAGCGAGAGCUCAAUCUAAGAACACUGAAAAGAAGACUAUCACAGGACGAACAUUUAUCAGGAAAGAAUGAGUGUUCCGGAGGAGCGAAAGUGCUAAUACUUCUUAAGGGGAAAGAGCAAAAGAUUAGAGUGCGUGGUUAGAGUGCGGUCGGAAAGGUCCUGCAAACAAGAUUUCCCGCGAAGGCAUUCCUUGAUUCGCGCGAUAUCGGCGAGUAAAGUGCUUCGGACCUUUGAGUUUUAUUCUGUAUCACGAACAGUGCCCUAUAUUUAGGAAAGACGUAGCGUCGCGUUAAGUGAAUAAAUGGAAGGGAAGAAGAAUCACAGUUUGACGUCGGCUUAGUUAAGCCGACGACGCCUCAAUUAUCCAGAAAGAAUAUUCAAAGACGCUAUUGUUACAUCUGUGUACUGUGGAUUAAUGACAGUUAAUGCUAUUACGAAUAUUGCUCGUUAUGCAAAACGUUUUGUCGAUUUUUACAGUGUGAUCUAGGAUUGGAAUACAAUACCGCUGAAACUUGAAGAAAUUUGGAUUCCAUUAUAUAUUAAGCUGGUUGUUACAUGAAACAAUUUAU